UCAGCAGUCAACAAAAUAUAAUAGAAGGUAACAUAAUUAUUUAAAACGAGUCGAGUGUGCUCAGAUUAAAACAUCAUUCAGUGAUGUAGAAAUAUAAAAUAAUAACAUAAAACAAUUCUUGUGCACAGAUAUGACACAUCAUUCAAUGAUGCAGAAAUAUAAAAGUAAUAACAUAAAACAAUUCUUGUGCACAGAUAUGACACAUCAUUCAGUGAUGCAGAAAUAUAAAAGUAAUAACAUAAAACAAUUCUUGUGCACAGAUAUGACACAUCAUUCAGUGAUGCAGAAAUAUAAAAGUAAUAACAUAAAACAAUUCUUGUGCACAGAUAUGACACAUCAUUCAGUGAUGCAGAAAUAUAAAAGUAAUAACAUAAAACAAUUAUUGUGCACAGAUAUGACACAUCAUUCAGUGAUGCAGAAAUAUAAAAGUAAUAACAUAAAACAAUUCUUGUACACAGAUAUGACACAUCAUUCAAUGAUGCAGAAAUAUAAAAGUAAUAACAUAAAACAAUUCUUGUGCACAGAUAUGACACAUCAUUCAGUGAUGCAGAAAUAUAAAAGUAAUAACAUAAAACAAUUCUUGUGCACAGAUAUGACACAUCAUUCAGUGAUGCAGAAAUAUAAAAGUAAUAACAUAAAACAAUUCUUGUGCACAGAUAUGACACAUCAUUCAGUGAUGCAGAAAUAUAAAAGUAAUAACAUAAAACAAUUCUUGUGCACAGAUAUGACACAUCAUUCAAUGAUGCAGAAAUAUAAAAGUAAUAACAUAAAACAAUUCUUGUGCACAGAUAUGACACAUCAUUCAAUGAUGCAGAAAUAUAAAAGUAAUAACAUAAAACAAUUCUUGUGCACAGAUAUGACACAUCAUUCAGUGAUGCAGAAAUAUAAAAGUAAUAACAUAAAACAAUUCUUGUGCACAGAUAUGACACAUCAUUCAGUGAUGCAGAAAUAUAAAAGUAAUAACAUAAAACAAUUCUUGUGCACAGAUAUGACACAUCAUUCAAUGAUGCAGAAAUAUAAAAGUAAUAACAUAAAACAAUUCUUGUGCACAGAUAUGACACAUCAUUCAAUGAUGCAGAAAUAUAAAAGUAAUAACAUAAAACAAUUCUUGUGCACAGAUAUGACACAUUAAUUCAAAGACCAGGAGUAAUAUAAUAGUAACAAAAAUAGGUCUGCGUACUUAUAUUAAUUAAUUAUUUUUUAAUAGUCUCAACGCACUUGAGCUGCACUACGCGACGUGGUGCGGCAAGUAUAGUUUAUAUGAGUUUGUUUUGAGCAAGGCGUCGCCGCGUCGCGCAGCUCAACACAAAUGCGUUUGGACAUUAAGGCACACAAGGUUUAGAAAUAUAAUGGUACUGAUUCUGAUCGCAACAAAAUUUUAGAGUAUUGGCAUCUUUUUCUCACUAAUUCAAAAGGACGGGCAAACUUAAUUUAAUUUAGGACUGUCAAACUUCGUUACUUUGGGUGUAGCACAAGAAUCUUUCCAUCCUUUUUAGAAAUAUUAAAAAAAAAGACGCAGAUACUCUAAAACUCUAACGAAAAAACAUCAGAAUCGACACUAUUAUACUCUAUCUGCGGAAAGAAGUUAGUAUAGCGCUCUUUGCAAUGUAAUCACAUACAAAAGAUAGAGAUGAAAAUCACAAACGAACGUUUU